AUGCCGGCUGACAGCUCAUCCCUCCCCGGUAACGGCCAGACCGUCUGCGUCACCGGCGCCGGCGGCUUCAUCGCCUCCUGGAUCGUUAAACUUCUCCUCGACAGAGGCUACUCCGUCAAAGGAACUGUCAGGAAUCCAGAUGAUCCGAAGAACGCUCACUUGAGAGCACUGGAAGGAGCUGACGAGCGGCUGACCCUGUGCAAAGCCGAUCUUCUUGAUUACCAGAGCCUCCGCGAAGCCAUUAGCGGUUGCCAAGGCGUUUUCCACACUGCUUCCCCUGUCACCGAUGAUCCAGAACAAAUGGUGGAGCCGGCGGUGGACGGGACCAAGUAUGUCAUAAACGCGGCAGCGGAAGCCAAAGUGCGGCGGGUUGUAUUUACGUCCUCCAUCGGCGCCGUCUACAUGGACCCUAACCGGAGCCCGGAGACGGUGGUGGACGAAUCUUGCUGGAGCGACCUGGAGUUCUGCAAGAACACCAAGAACUGGUACUGCUACGGGAAGACGGUGGCGGAGCAGGCGGCGUGGGAGAUGGCGGAGGAGAAAGGGGUGGACGUGGUGGCGGUGAACCCGGUUCUGGUGCUGGGCCCGUUGUUGCAAUCAACCAUUAAUGCCAGCAUAAUCCAUAUCUUAAAGUACCUGACCGGAUCCGCAAAGACGUACGCCAAUUCGGUGCAGGCUUAUGUCCACGUCAAAGACGUCGCGCUGGCACACAUUCUGGUGUUCGAGAACCCCGCCGCCUCCGGCCGGUACCUCUGCGCCGAGAGCGUGCUCCACCGCGGCGAGGUUGUUGAAAUCCUCGCCAAGUUGUUCCCCGACUACCCUGUCCCCACCAAGUGUUCGGAUGAGAAGAACCCAAGAGCAAAACCGUACAAGUUCUCGUGCCAGAAACUGAAAGACCUUGGCCUGGAGUUCACUCCGGUGAAGCAGUGCCUCUAUGAAACGGUCACGUCCCUCCAGGAGAAGGGCCACCUUGCCCUUCCUGCCCCCAAGCUUCAAGAUCAGGAACCCGUUAAAAUCCAGUCUUCUUGA